CAGACACUGCGGCUGCGUCGGUAGCUCCAUCAGCUGCUUGCCAAGAGGAUGGAUGUGUGAUCUGAGCAUCUGGGCACUGUCACAAGCUGAGGUAGGUUCCCGAAAGUGAAGAAAGACACAUGAGUGCAAAAUGGAAGCCAAAUGAGAGAGACUCGCGGGCUCAAAAGAAACAGCAGUGCCCUCUACCCCUGGAAAGACACGUCAUGACACACCAGGGACCCGUUCGUUCUUCUGCGGGCUACAAGAAGGCAGAGGAUGAGAUGUCCCGGACCACGUCUGUUGGAGACCAGCUAGAGGCACCGGCCCGCAUAAUUUACCUCAACCAAUCUCAUCUCAACAAAUUCUGCGACAACCAGAUCAGUACGGCCAAGUACAGCGUGUUGACAUUUCUACCUCGAUUCUUGUAUGAGCAGAUUAGGAGAGCUGCUAAUGCCUUCUUCCUAUUUAUUGCCUUACUGCAGCAAAUUCCAGACGUAUCGCCAACAGGACGAUACACCACCCUGGUGCCAUUGAUCAUCAUUUUAACAAUUGCAGGCAUCAAAGAGAUUGUAGAAGAUUUUAAGCGACAUAAGGCAGACAAUGCAGUUAACAAGAAGAAAACAAUAGUGUUAAGAAAUGGUAUGUGGCAUACUAUCAUAUGGAAAGAGGUGGCAGUGGGAGACAUCGUGAAGGUCCUCAAUGGGCAGUAUCUUCCAGCAGACAUGGUCCUGUUCUCCUCCAGUGAGCCUCAGGGGAUGUGCUAUGUUGAAACCGCUAACCUGGAUGGGGAGACGAACCUUAAAAUCCGACAGGGCUUGAGCCACACAGCCGACAUGCAGACGCGGGAAGUACUGAUGAAACUGUCGGGAAGGAUAGAGUGCGAAGGGCCCAAUCGCCACCUCUACGACUUCACUGGCAACUUGCACUUGGAUGGGAAGAGCUCUGUUGCCCUCGGGCCCGACCAGAUCUUACUGAGAGGCACCCAGCUCAGGAACACUCAGUGGGUCUUCGGCGUUGUUGUAUACACUGGACACGACACCAAACUCAUGCAGAAUUCAACAAAAGCACCUCUCAAGAGGUCCAACGUCGAGAAGGUAACCAACGUGCAGAUCCUGGUGCUGUUUGGCAUCCUCUUGGUCAUGGCACUGGUGAGCUCGGUGGGAGCCCUGUACUGGAAUGGGUCUCAUGGUGGAAAGAGCUGGUACAUCAAGAAGAUGGACGCGAGCUCGGAUAAUUUUGGCUACAACUUGCUGACAUUUAUCAUCUUGUACAACAAUCUGAUCCCCAUCAGUCUGCUGGUGACGCUGGAGGUUGUGAAAUACACGCAAGCUCUCUUCAUCAACUGGGACACAGAUAUGUAUUAUAUUGAAAAUGACACUCCUGCUAUGGCCAGGACAUCGAACCUUAAUGAAGAGCUCGGGCAGGUAAAAUACCUGUUUUCUGACAAGACCGGAACUCUUACGUGCAAUAUCAUGAACUUCAAGAAGUGUAGCAUUGCUGGCGUAACCUAUGGCCACUUCCCAGAACUAGCCAGAGAGCCAUCCUCAGAUGACUUCUGCCGGAUGACUUCUUGCCCCAGUGACUCAUGCGACUUUAAUGAUCCCAGGCUGUUAAAGAACAUUGAGGAUCAGCAUCCCACAGCCCCCUGCAUACAAGAGUUCCUUACCCUGCUGGCUGUGUGUCACACCGUCGUCCCUGAGAAGGAUGGAGAUGAGAUCAUCUACCAGGCUUCCUCCCCAGAUGAAGCUGCUUUGGUCAAAGGAGCGAAGAAACUUGGCUUCGUGUUUACGGGCAGGACGCCAUACUCGGUCAUCAUCGAAGCGAUGGGAGAAGAACAGACAUUUGGAAUCCUCAAUGUUCUGGAGUUUUCUAGUGACAGAAAAAGGAUGUCUGUCAUCGUCCGAACUCCAUCAGGACAGCUUCGACUCUACUGUAAGGGAGCUGAUAAUGUCAUCUUUGAGAGACUUUCAAAAGACUCCAAGUACAUGGAGGAGACACUGUGCCACCUGGAAUAUUUUGCCACGGAAGGCCUGCGGACUCUGUGUGUGGCCUAUGCAGAUCUUUCUGAGAAUGAGUAUGAGGAGUGGCUGAAAGUCUAUCAAGAGGCCAGCAUCAUACUGAAGGACAGAGCCCAGAGGCUGGAACAGUGUUAUGAGAUCAUCGAGAAGAAUUUACUGUUACUUGGAGCUACGGCCAUCGAAGACCGUCUUCAAGCUGGGGUUCCAGAAACCAUAGCGACUCUGUUGAAGGCAGAAAUUAAAAUAUGGGUGUUAACAGGAGACAAACAAGAGACUGCAAUCAAUAUCGGGUAUUCCUGUCGAUUGGUAUCCCAGAACAUGGCCCUAAUCCUGUUGAAGGAAGAUUCUUUAGAUGCAACACGGGCUGCCAUCACUCAGCACUGCACGGACCUCGGAAAUUUGCUGGGCAAAGAGAACGACGUGGCCCUCAUCAUCGAUGGCCACACCCUGAAGUAUGCGCUCUCCUUUGAAGUUCGCAGAAGUUUCCUGGACCUGGCCCUCUCCUGUAAAGCAGUCAUCUGCUGCAGAGUGUCCCCUCUGCAGAAGUCCGAGAUCGUGGAUGUUGUGAAGAAGCGGGUGAAAGCCAUCACUCUGGCCAUCGGGGACGGUGCCAAUGACGUGGGGAUGAUCCAGACGGCCCACGUGGGGGUCGGGAUCAGCGGGAACGAGGGCAUGCAGGCCACCAACAACUCAGAUUAUGCCAUUGCCCAGUUUUCCUACUUGGAGAAGCUGCUUUUGGUUCAUGGAGCCUGGAGCUACAACCGGGUGACCAAGUGCAUCCUCUACUGUUUCUACAAGAAUGUGGUCCUCUACAUCAUUGAGCUUUGGUUCGCCUUUGUUAAUGGAUUUUCUGGGCAGAUUUUAUUUGAGCGCUGGUGCAUCGGCUUGUACAAUGUGAUCUUCACCGCGUUGCCGCCCUUCACUCUGGGAAUCUUUGAGAGGUCUUGCACUCAGGAGAGCAUGCUGAGGUUUCCACAGCUCUACAAAAUCACCCAGAAUGCAGAAGGCUUCAACACUAAGGUUUUCUGGGGUCACUGCAUCAAUGCCUUGGUCCACUCCCUCAUCCUCUUCUGGCUUCCCAUGAAAGUGCUGGAACACGAUACUCCACUGGCCAGUGGGCACGCCACAGACUACUUGUUUGUUGGAAAUAUUGUUUACACGUACGUUGUGGUUACAGUUUGUCUGAAAGCAGGGUUGGAGACAACAGCGUGGACUAAAUUCAGUCACCUGGCGGUGUGGGGAAGCAUGCUGAUCUGGCUGGUGUUUUUUGGUGUCUACUCCACCAUCUGGCCGACCAUCCCCAUUGCUCCCGACAUGAAAGGGCAGGCAACUAUGGUCCUGAGCUCUGCAUACUUCUGGCUGGGAUUGUUCCUGGUUCCAACUGCCUGUUUGAUUGAAGAUGUGAUGUGGAGAGCGACCAAGCACACCUGCAAGAAGACGCUGCUGGAGGAGGUGCAGGAGCUGGAGACCAAGUCCCGAGUCCUGGGGAAAGCGAUGCUGAGAGACAGUAAUGGAAAGAGGAUGAACGAGCGUGACCGUCUGAUCAAGAGACUCAGCAAGAAGACACCCCCGACUCUCUUCCGAGCAGGCUCCAUCCAGCAGUGUGUCAGUCACGGGUAUGCCUUUUCUCAAGAAGAACACGGAGCUGUUACCCAGGAGGAAAUAGUUCGUGCUUAUGACACCACCAAAAAGAAGUCAAGGAAGAAAUAAGAGGCGAUUUUGCUCCAGGGAAAGAGAUUCAGUUUGUUGCACGCAGUGUUAACACAGUUUUGUCAGGAGAGACUGGCGCCCGCAGCCCCACACCAGAAAACACAUUUCUGUGGCCUUAGCCGACCAGUUUGUUAGCAGCUGUCUGUCCCCUUGCAGUCCCAGGACACAGGCAUCGGGGAAGCUAUUCUCCCAGCUUGUCUGCCGCGCUUGGCCCAACGUUUCCGUUGUUAUGAAGCAUUCAGCUGGGCUCUGUGAGGUGUGAAAUUAAAAACCAUGUUUCACCAGUGCUAAAACAUCAAUACGAGUGGUUCUGGGAGAGAGGAAAGGGGCAUUAUGUUACCAGAGACCAGUCCUGUGUAAUUGGAGCAGGGUACACUUCCUGUUCGGUGCAUGCACAGAUCAUACGAACCUCGCUUUCUGCAGAUUGCUCACUCACUUGGAUUCCUGUUUCGUUUGUGUGAAGCUGGCGUAAACUUCUUGAUUGCGGUGAAAUCAGAAAAACUUAUGGUUGAGGGACAGACUUUAAGACAUUUCCUUGGCUCUUUCAAGCCCCAGCCCCAGCAAGGCAAUCAGCCAGCGUUCCAUGCCUUUCAGGUGCACGCCUCCGGUCUUACCGUUGCUACCCUGGGCUCUUGUCCUCAAUUCUGUCCAGCUGGCCCCUGGGGGCGGUGCCUCACAGCUGGUAGCCACCCAUCCAGGUUCUGUGUGUCUUUGUUCCUCUGUAUGUUCAGAUAUGGGUGUCAGAAUCUUUCUUCUCGCCCAGCCCCAUCCCCCCUGCCCUGCCCCCACUGCUGCCCGUUAGCUCCAUAACUGAGGAGACGUGGCUGUCCCAUACCUGGCCUCUAAUACAUAGCUGUCUUUUUUCUGAUGGGAUCCUGUGGGUGAGGGUGGCAGGCUCUGCAGACCACUUCUGAGCUGGGCCUCUGGCAGCCUCUCAGAAUCAGAGUCGGUCCCUGCUCCCUGGAUGCUCAAAGCACAUUUUAGACUUUCUCCAGUUUGGAAGUGAGUGUGUGAUGGUGUCUGUGCACUGAAGGGAAAAAAAAA